ACACACAAACACGCGACUUCACAGGACAAUGAAAGCAAAUAGAUCCGCGUGAAACGGAUUGUUUCUCUACGUCUACGUCCACCAGCUCAAGACAAGUCUGGGCAUUGAAAUUCAGUGAAAAUAUCUUUCUGGGAAAUUCUUUUGGAUAGUGAGUGACUUGCGGUGUCAAGAGAUGAAGCUGCGAGGCAAAGAAGGAAAAAUUCCCAUUCAAAAGCCGCUGUGCCGUCUGUGCGAGUGUCCGACGUCGGACGGCCACGUCCUCGCGUCGCAGGUGGACAGGUUCAAGCUGAGAAAAUGGGCCAUGAAGAUCAUGAACCUGACGGAAAAUGACGAAAACUUGCCGGAGGUGGUCGGAGAAGACGCUUUGAUCUGCUAUUUUUGCAUCUGGCAGGCAGAGUUCGGGGAUGAGUCUGGAGACGAGACUGUUGCUUGGUGGCCUAGAAAUCUUGAUUUGGAAGAAAACGCUAGGGUGCUGCGGAAGAAUUACUCAGUUGGAGAAGUAGAGCAGUGUUGGGUGCAGUUGGAAGAGGUUGAUCUUGCAAAAUACACAAAGGAAUCCCCUAAGAAGAGAAAAUUCGACAUUGAUCUCGCCAAAUACAAAAAGGAAAUCCCUAAGAGGAGGAAUCGCAGUGGAGUGUGUUUUUACUGCGGCAGAAGAUUCAAUGGUCUGAUGGAGCACAUAAAAUCUAAGCACAAAAAAGCCAUCAAAUGCGGAAUUCGGGGCUGCGCGACUUACUUUCACACCGAGAAGGAAAAAGAGCAGCACAUGAAGCAGAAUUUCCACGAGAAAGGGAACAAACCACAAGAAAGCAAGAAAAUUCGUUGUAAAUAUUGUGAAACCGUCUAUUUUUUUUCCUCAUCGAUGACUAGGAGGAGGCACAUGAAUCGCAUGCAUCCGGAACUUCCGGUUCCUUGCACGCGUGUAGGCUGCAAAGAGUAUUUCAAAUCCAAGUCUGAAAUGAUUCUCCAUAUCAACUCGUUGCACAAACAAGCCGUAAAUCAAGAUCUUUACCUAUGCAAGCAUUGCGAGUAUUUCACCACGAAGAAGAAAAUGUUGAGACGACACGAAGAGGCCAAGCACAUGCCAAAAAUCUUCAAAUGCGACAGUUGCGACGCCAAAUUUGGCGCCAAAUGGAUAGUGAAUAAGCACUUCAAACGAUUUCACACGUUCGAAAAGUGCAAAUGUUGUGGCCAGAACGUGACUCGCGGACUCAUGGAAAACCACAGAAAACCAUCGUUUUGCUGCAGAUGCAAACUCAGAUUCAAGUGCUCGGGUUUGUAUAAAUUACAUUGGAAGAAAUGCAAACAAACCCUCUUUAGUUGCAAAGAGUGUGGCGAAGCAUUCAACAAGCGUAGGAUUUUGGAUGGCCACGUGAAAAGAUUUCACACCAAAAGUGUAUGAACACUGGCGCGUCAAGAUUUGCCGCCGCUGCGAGUGCAGGACUUUAGUAAAGCCAAUUAAGAGCUGCCAGGAAAAUAAUUACUAUUGUGACAAUGCAUAUUUAUAGGAACAAGAAAAGUUUCCAUGCUCAUAUUAUCAGGAAGCAAAUUGGAAAAUAAAUCGAGCCAAAAUAAA